AUGGCGGACCACAUAUCGUCAUGGAAUGUCGUCCACAAACUUGAGAAGCGCAGUCUUCUCAUUGCCAUCAACUGUGUCGCAGCAUUGUCGAUCCUCUUCUUCGGAUAUGAUCAGGGAAUGAUGGCCGGGGUCAACAAUUCCAAGGACUAUAUCGACCUCAUGGGCUUUGGCUACACCGAAAUGAGAGACGGCCACCCCACUCCCGUAGUCACAGACAGCCUGCUGCAAGGGGGGAUUGUGUCUGUCUACUACCUGGGCACUCUUUUCGGCGCACUGUUCGGUGGCUGGAUUGGCGACAAGAUUGGCAGGAUCAAAACCAUUGCAUCGGGUUCUGUUUGGGCAAUCCUUGGAGCCGCUUUACAGUGUUCUGCACAGAACCAUAAUUGGAUGAUUUGCUCUCGCUUCAUUAAUGGAAUCGGAACUGGUAUUCUCAAUGCGAUUGUUCCUGUCUGGGCUACAGAGACGGCGGAGCACACCUCACGCGGCCAAUUUAUUGCCAUCGAAUUUACAUUAAAUAUCUUUGGUGUGGUCGUGGCCUACUGGCUAGAGUUCGGCCUAUCGUACAUUGAUAACGGCGCAUCGCCUAUCCGCUGGAGAUUCCCCAUCGCCUUUCAGAUUAUCUUUUUGAUACUUCUUUUCGCCGUCGUCUGGUUCUUCCCCGAGUCCCCGCGUUGGCUAGUCAAGGUUGGCCGGGACCAAGAGGCACGCUACAUUCUUGGACGCCUCCGUGGGAGCAGCAGCGAUGAAGCGGUGAUUCAAGCUGAAGCCGAGUUUCGGGAUAUCCAAAGUGUUGCCGAGCUUGAACGAUCCAUGAACCACAGCACCUCCUAUCUGGCUAUGCUUUUUGGAUACAAGACUGGAAAGCUGCAUCUUGGCCGUCGCGUGCAGCUCGUCGUCUGGCUUCAGAUCAUGCAGGAAUGGGUUGGUAUUGCGGGAGUUACUGUUUAUGCACCGACUAUUUUUAGCAUUGCUGGGUUUGACUCGGUGAAAAGCCAAUGGAUUAGCGGGUUGAAUAAUAUCUUCUACAUGUUCUCUACUUUGAUUUGUGUCUUUACUCUCGACCGGAUCGGCCGUCGCCGGACCCUAUACUGGGGAUCCGUAGGUCAGGGAAUCGCCAUGUUCCUCGCAGGAGGAUUCUCACGACUCGCCAUCGAUGCCCGCGAAGCAGGAAACCUAUCGCGCGCGAGCUCGUUCGGUGCCGCUGCAGCAUCUAUGAUAUUUAUCUUUACUGCCGUCUUUGGCGCUACUUGGUUGACAGUGCCCUGGAUUUAUCCUGCGGAGAUCUAUCCACUGGCUGUCCGAGCGCGAGGAAAUGCCUGGGGUGUCGUUGGCUGGAGUAUCGGAAACGGCUGGCUGACCCUUCUCUGCCCGGUGAUGUUCAGCUCGAUCGGUGAAAAAACACUCUACGUCUUUGCCGCCAGUAACGUUGUCACACUUCCCAUGGUCUGGGCCUUGUACCCGGAGAGUAACCAACGUACUCUCGAGGACAUGGAUAUGUUGUUCGCGGCUGACUCGCCCUGGGUGUGGGAUGCGGAGAAGACGUUUGCGCGGCUCAAGGAGGAGAACCCGGGUUAUGUUGAAACGGCUGCGCGAAAGAACAGUUUUCUGGAGACGGAGGUUGCCGGACCGUCGGGUCUCGAAGCAUAA